AUGGCGUCCGCCGGAAUCAGCAGCAUGGGGAAUGGCAAGGCCGUGCGUGCGCUGCUCGCCAUCGUCGCCGUCAUCGCCGCGUGUCUCCCCCAGCCGUCGCAAGCAGCAGCAGCAGCGAGCGUGUCGGUCCCAGUGCCGAUAGGCACGCCGAUGACAAUCAACGGGCGCACAUUCAAAUUCUCGCCGCGCCGCUGUGUCAACCUUCCCGCCAUGUCGCCGUCUCAGAAGGCGCGGGUGGUGGUGCCGUGGCAGCAGGCGAGCAUGUCUGGCAAGGCUAUGUGCCGCGCGAUCCGGUUCUUCCAGGAUCCCGCGUGCAAAGGACAGACGUUGGACGUUUUCGCGAAUGGCCAACAGAGGUCCGCCCUCUGCCUCAUAGACAACAUGUGUCAGUAUGCGCGCUGCCGUGCCGGCUCUGACACAUGCACCCCACCCACAGACGACCGCGCGGCAGUGACGUGCGCGUGCAAGAAAGGCUACAGCGCGGUCACCAACAAAUGCCUGCCUUCCAGUAAGCUUCGUAUGGUUUCGCUCUGCUCAGCAUGGUCUCGUUGCCGCAACUCUCUUUUCCUCCGCCCUACCUCGCCUGCUCUGCUCUCUCUGAAUGCUUCCCUGUCCGGAUGGACCCAUGUGCUCACCUGCCCUCUCUCUCUCCUUGCCUCUGCUGCAGAACCCUCGUGCCUCACUACAGGCUGCCCUGCCAACUUCGAGUGUGCCAAACGCACCAGUGGCACCGGAAUGGAGUGCAAGUGCAAGGCGGGCUACAAUGCAGUCGGUGCCACCUGUGUGCCAGCAGCAAAACCCGGCACCACCACAACCCCGUCCGGCACCACCACAACCCCGUCCGGCACCACCACAACCCCGUCCGGCACCACCACAACCCCGUCCGGCACCACCACAACCCCGUCCGGCACCACCACAACCCCGUCCGGCACCACCACAACCCCGUCCGGCACCACCACAACCCCGUCCGGCACCACCACAACCCCGUCCGGCACCACCACAGCUUCGUCCGGCACCACCACAGCUUCGACCACCACAACACCUUCAAGCGACGCUUCAGAAUCUUCCAGCAACGUUGCAGAAUCUUCAAGCGACAUUUCAGAUUCUUCCAGCGACGUUUCAGGACCUUCCAACUACGUGUCAGAUAUUCCUCCUAGCUACGUUUCAGACUCUUCCAGCAACGCGUCAGAUUCUCCUAUCUACACGUCAGAAUCUCCCAACUAA